AUGGCUGGGAACCAGGUGCCCGCGCCAGCCGGCAUGUACCACGGCCGCUGGGACCGCGGCCAAGCGCAGCACGGCGUGCCCCUCCCACCAGAGGCGUUUUACGACGAUGGCUGCAUCGGGUGCGUCAAUGCGGGCCUCUUGCGUUUCGAUCCACCUGCGAACAGUUCAGCCAGGAGGGCUUUGGUCAAAAAUAUGCUGGAGCAGGUAAAAGCUCUUAGCAAGAGUGACGAGUCCUACCUGCCAGAGCAGUAUUUCAUGGUGAAGGAGCUGAAUGGCUGGCAUCACAUAGCAGUUGCAUGGAACUGCGAGGUGAAUCCGGAGUGGUUCAUUCAGUAUGGACGCGGCAAACGCCGCGCCCAUUCUGUCCUCAAAGCAGAAAUGCACGAUGACUGGUGGAAGCUUGGAGGUACCGAGGAGGAGCUUCGGAAGAAUGUCCACAUGUUUCACUUCAGUGGACAAUGGCUGCAGCCCUGGUGGUACAUUCACCUCGAUCCAGAAGACGCCAUGAAGGUUAUCAAGAAGCACUACGCUUGCAGGGACAAGCGGGGCAUGAUCGCCCUGGCGGUGGGUGACUGGCUCAGAGGGAUUCAGGAAUUGCAGAAGAGCGAUGAGUACAGCGCAGAGCAGGCUGUUUUUCAAGAAAUUAUCGAUGAGCUCAAGCACAAAGCACGGCGCUGGUGGGAGGAGGUCUCGUUGUGCAAACUCUGCAAGAACCCCAAGGAGGAGGGCGAGGACCUUUGUGAAGAAUGCGAAGUCCAAUCGCACAAAGAUGACAAGGAGAAUGGCCAUGCAGGCACAUGUGCACGUGAGAAACACAAUGCCAAGUCAGUCAAAAGAAGCGGUCAAGCCCGCUGGGGAAGAAAGAAGAGAAGCCCGAAGAAGUUUGACUCGGGAGGUUGA